AUGGAUAAACUGUUGAGUAGGAUUACGCAUUGGAGUUCUCGACUUCUUAGCUAUGCCGGUAGAUUACAGUUGAUCAAAUCUGUGUUGUAUGCUAUUACCUCAUAUUGGAUGCAGUGUGUUUGCUUCCCUAAAACUGUGAUUAGAAGAAUCAAUGCCAUUUGUAGAACCUUUCUCUGGACAGGAGGUAACAGCAGUAGUCGAAAGAGUCUGAUUGCGUGGGAUAAGAUUUGUAAACCUGCGGCAAAAGGAGGUUUGAAUGUGCUGGAUCUAGUGGUUUGGAAUAGCAUGUUUAUGAUGAAGUUACUCUGGAAUAUAUCCAUGAAAACCGAUGAUCUGUGGGUUCGGUGGAUUCAUGCUUAUUACCUGAAGAAUGAGGAUGUUAUGUAUAGAAUGGUUAAAAAUUCAGAUUCAAUUAUUUUUAAAACUAUUCUGAUGCAGAGGGAUAAUAUUGGCACUAUGCAGGGGGAUUGGAAUGAGAUGGUGCAAGCAGGGAGAUUCGUUGGUAGGCGAGUGUAUGCGAACUUAUUGCCUGCCACACCUAAGGUUGCCUGGUCCAGGUUAAUUCUCCACAAUAGAGCUAGACCCCGUGCCAUAUAUACUCUCUGGAUGACCUGUCAUGGAAAGCUAGCCACAAAAGUUAGAUUGAAUCGAUUUGGCAUGGUGGAUAAUAACCAAUGUGUCUUCUGCCCUGCGGCGGAAACCAUUGACCAUCUAUUUUUUGAUUGUGCUACUUUGAGGAAGAUUUGGGUUGAAAUACUUCACUGGAUUGGUAUCCCUCACAAUCCUGGGGAUUGGACAGAGGAGCUAAACUGGAUGUUGAAUUGUUUUGGUGGUAAAGGUUGGAAAGCCGAUCUUGUUAGAUUAGCUCUGACUGAAACGGUACAUGAGGUGUGGAGGUUUAGAAAUGACACUUGUUUUAAUCAGAGAAAUGACAGUAGGAAUUGUACAGAUAGAAUUAUUAACAACAUAGUCUAUAGAGGGUGGUCGAGCCCUAAGCUUAGACCACAUAUAGCUCUCUUGAUGGUUCAGUAG